CAUCUCGGGAGGGUUGCUACGGCGACCAACUACCACCUGCAUCCCACUCAGGAAGUCCCGUUUUGGAUCAAAGAUGCUCUUCGCCCAAUGAUCCCUUACAAGAGCUAUGAAGACUUUUCCCGCACUUCCUCGGCUUCCCGGCACCGCUCCCUCCGCGGAUGCACCUCCCAACCAUGUUUUGUCUCGUGCACCUUCUUCACCCCUAUUUGCAUUUCGCCCGACGAAAGCAAAUUCAGUCUCAAGGGCAUGGAAAGGAAGCCAAAUCCAGAGAUGGGCUGCAUAAGCAAAGAGCAAGAGAGCUGUAGUGGAAGUGAGAAGAGUACAGAAAGGGAAAGAACUCUAAAGAUGGAGAGCCUGCUAAAGAAGGCUUUGGCAGAAAACCAGCAGCUGAAAAAUGCGGUGUUCUUCUUGAAGCAGCUGAAUAAAGGAAAAUAUAACAACGUGGAGGACUGCAAGAGGGCAAAGGAAAAGCUCCUGACUGAAAUUGGAUCCCUCUUGACCGAAGUCGCCUUCCUGAAGGAAGUACGGGAGGAACUGAGGUACAAGGACCCCGAAUCCCGGAAAGAGACAACCAAGGCCCUGACGGAAACUAUCCAGGCCAAACUGGAGGUGGUCCACGCCAAGAUCGAGGCCGCCGAGGCCAAGAAGGAGAGCUUGGAGGCCCAGAUGAAGGCCGAGGAAGCGCUAGAGUCGGCCGAAGCCGCCCAGGCCCGUGAGGAGCACCUCUUGUCUUACGUCUCCAGAAUCGCCACCCUGGCCUACCAGCAGGCGGCUGAGGCCGAGCACGAUUGCGCCCAAGCCCGGAGAGCCAUGGCAGUGGCGGACGCCAUCCAAGCGGCCGCCUUCCCUGAGGGGAAAGCCCGCCGGAGUCACCGGCACCAUCGCAGCCAUGGGGAGUGCCGGUGUCGUCACCACCACCACCACCACCACGGCCACCACGGCCACCGGAGCCAAUAUGAGACCCACAGUGAUCUGACCCACUCCGAGUUCGAGAGCAGCACCCGAUAAGGGUGGACCGACGGGUGAGAGUCGGCAUGAGAGACAGGGCCGUCGGGGGAGCGUAGUGUAGAAUAAAAAAAA